UAGUCCUGCAACCAAAGCUUGAGCCUGCUCUUGGCCGUAAAAGUGCUGAGUCCUAACCAUUGGACCACCAGGGAACUCCCAAAUCCAUUUGAGAUUCACCGUCUUCUGAUUCACCACCAAGGCUCCCGAAUUGCAAAUCUCACCGGGAGGGUGAAUCUGGACGCCAUCACUUGGGGUUCACAGGGCCCCAGGCUGCGGGGCCAAGACAAUAAACAUAGCACAUCCGGGAGCCUCCCCACUGGAUGGCUCUGGGGUUUGCCCCAGGAAGAACCCCCAUUCUCAGCUCCUUCCGGCCCCCCUGGUGGCCCCUUUGGUCCUUCCUCCAGGAGGGGGGCCCACAGGGCCCAGGAGGAGGGUAUAAAGGGCCCAGUGGAGGGUGCCCAGGCACCACCAGACUCCCAGCACCAGGACGGGACCUCAAGACUCUGCAGGCCAGCCCUUGACUCUCCAGCCAGAAGCCAUGCUGCUGUGGCUGACCCUCGCCCUCCUGUGGAGCCCCACCUGCUGGGCAGGGGCUUUGUAUGGGCAUGGAGGAGGCUCAUAUUUCAGUACAACUAAAGACAAUGAAAAUGAGAUCACUGGGAUCAGAGUGUUUAUAGGUAUUGGUGGCAUAAUCAAGAGUAUCCAGGUGAGGACUGGCUCCUCCUGGAGUGAGAAAUAUGGAGCCCCAGGUGGGACCCCUCAGGAAUUUCUCCUGCAGCCCGGUGAAUACAUUACAGGAGUUGAUGGCUCCUACAAGCUUUUCCUCCGGCACUUGGUCAUCUACACCAGCUAUGGGCGUAAGGCCCUAUUUGGAGAGAACGGUGGCAGGAGCUUUUCUGUCUUCCCUGACGGGAGUGACAAAGUGCUCACUGGAGUCUUCGGACAGCAUAAGCUUCUGGGCAUCUCCAGCAUCGGCUUUGACUGGGAUUAUCCAAUAAUACAGUCGAUCCAAGAUCAAGGAAGUACUACCCCAGAAUAGCUUGGAACUGAGCCUUAGCUUGAAUGAGCAGUCCUGGGUCUCCAGGGCUGGGCUGUGGGUUAACCCUGCCAAGGCUGUCUGGCUGGUGGUGGGCACAAGUCACCAGGGAACUGAGUGCAGCCCUGAAUCAGAAUCCACCAAUAAAUCCAGCUUCUGCAGCUACA